AUGGAGUCGUCGAUUACGACAUUCAACGGUUUGAGAUGCACUAGAGUCUCACGGACAAUAUUUCUCACGGCGACAUCAACGUCCGCCGCUUCAGAGACUGCCGGGCAGAAUCUGUCGUCCAUUGGCACAUCAACAGCCACUUAUGAAUCGUCUGUUACGAGUAGUAGCAUAUCGUCAGGUUCACAGACAACAGAUUUGGCUUCUACUACCAGUGCCACCACGCUUGUUGCAACAGCCAUAAGCGCAUCCAGUACAAUAACUGCUGCCGCGAGUGUUCUGCCAGCAGUAACCUCCUCCAAUACCAACCCCGUGUCUACGCAAAUCUCGGGUAAUUCCCUAGGCGGCUCGACGACAGAUGAUUCAAAGAAACAUGUCAUUGCUGUCGCGAUAGGGGUCUCUCUAGGCGCUGUGGUCCUUGUCGCGUUGAUCGUACUUUUUGCCUAUCUUCGUCGACGCAAACGAAGCAGGCAGUUGCCAGUAUCAUCUACACGUGGCGGAUUAAUCCCCCGGGGCACAUGCGGAUGCGGUAUUACUGGGCUGCUUCCAAGUCUCGCAGACAUCGUUAGUAAAAUCAAACAAAAACUGACGAACAAAGCCAUCACGAAAUUGCGUACUAAAGUGCAAGCCGUUGUGGCUCGCAUUUGGAAGCAUGGUUCCACCACCAAGGAUAAACGAAAUGACAAGAGCGUGGAAACACAAGCCGAAAUCAUUGAGAAAGGCGUCACUCGUGAAGCACUAUCGCAAACUCCAACAGAGAGUAAGAACAACAAUAUAUCAUCAUCACCUCCGCGGAAGGUGCCACAUCUUGCCAAUCCAUUCUUCAAUCCUCCAAAAUCCAACAAUAAUAAAAGCAGUUCUUGGCCAGAGAAUCAACCUAACAAUCCCACAGAGCCACAUACUCCGGCAAAUGAUAGCGAUCAAGUUUCGAUUUCUCUGCCGCUGACCGUGCGGAAUGUUGUUGAAUCGGACAGUGACGACAAUCACAGCAAGAAGAACGUCCCCACCAACAGACAAAGAAAGAACUCUCAGAGCAGAUACAGCGGCUCGACCUUGACUUUAUCAAGUGGCCGAGGAUCUUCGCCAUUAAUACCCGAUUUCAAGUCCCGGCUAGAGAAUUGGCGACGAGAUCUGAAAUCCGCAGAUAGAACGAGUGCGCAUAGCGACCCUUUUGAUUUGGAACGGCCUCUUACAGCUCAUUCUUCGCCUCAUCCGACACCUAUGGCUGAGCAACAGAAGUUUCGAGAGGGAUAUUUCUAA